AUGGAUAGUUCUCAGGCACCGUUGAUGGCGGAUCAUAGCCAAGGGGACGACCUCGAUUAUGACAGAACAGACGACGACCGCUGCGAGCGCCCUACCAAGGAUGCUCACGCGAGCCCUGGAAUUUUCAUGGUCAUACUGACUAUUGCAGCGGGCAUAAGUGGUCUUCUUUUUGGAUAUGAUACUGGCGUCAUAUCCGCAACCCUCGUUUCGAUCGGAACAUCGCUGUCGAAUCGCGAACUCACUUCUAUGGACAAGUCUAUCAUUACAUCUUCAACGUCGCUAUUUGCUCUACUUAUUUCUCCCUUCUCGUCCGUGCUAGCGGACCGCCUUGGUCGCAAACGAGUUGUACUAUACGCCGACAUUCUAUUCAUCCUCGGAGCCGUCCUACAGGCAAUUUCCUCUACUGUCGCUAUCAUGGUUGUCGGACGUUGCAUUAUUGGGGCAGGCGUUGGCGCUGCAAGUUUUGUGGUACCGCUAUAUAUUGCAGAGCUGGCUCCAGCGUCGCACCGAGGAAGGCUUGUAACAGCAACAGUCAUGUUCAUCACGAUGGGACAGAUGGUUGCCUACGUUAUUGGUUGGGCAUUCUCAGCGUAUGGUUCCGAACAGACCGGGUGGCGUUGGAUGGUUGGUCUUGGUGCCGUGCCUGCUGGGAUUCAGGCUGUGAUUGUGGUCUUCAUGCCCGAGACACCACGUUGGCUUGUCAAGGCUGGCAAAUCAGCAAAAGCAAAAGCCAUCGUCCAGCGAGUCAAUGGAGGAGCCGGGGCUACGGAAGAAGCUGGAGCCAUCAUAAAAGAGAUUGAAAUCGAGAUCCGUGAGGAAGAGAAUGUUCGGCGACUACGGGACCAGCAGUCUGCAAGAUGGAAGUGGCUUGGAACAUGGCGAGACCUCAUUAGCGAAGGCAAAAAUCGACGAGCCCUAGCCAUCGCAUGCUUGUUGCAAGGUCUACAGCAAUUGUGCGGAUUUAACUCGCUCAUGUACUUUUCGGCUACAAUCUUCACCGUAGUAGGGUUCAGUAACCCAACUUUGACCUCGCUUACAGUCGCGGUUACGAACUUUCUGUUCACCUCGGUGGCACUGGGACUUGUUGAUCGGAUAGGAAGGCGACGGGUUCUGCUAUACUCGAUCCCGUUUAUGAUUCUGGGCUUACUUUUUGCGGCGUUUGGCUUCUCGUUUCUGUCUUUUAGCGACACGAACUCUCACUCUCACAAGCAUCCAGAAGCAGGGACUCAAGGUGCGGCCUACAUUAUACUUGUUAGUAUAAUGCUCUACGUGGCAUCGUAUGCCCUUGGAUUAGGAAACGUGCCCUGGAUGCAAAGCGAGCUGUUUCCUUUGUCGGUACGGUCACUGGGGAGUGGCAUUGCGACUGCGACAAACUGGAGUGCCAACUUUGUUAUCGGAUUGACUUUUCUACCGUUGAUGGAUGCUCUUAGUCCAUCAUGGACGUUUGUCCUGUACGCGGUAAUAUGUGGAGUUGGGUAUUUCCUAGUAUGGCGAAUAUAUCCAGAGACAGCAGGCUUGAGUCUGGAGGAAGCGACGGCGUUACUAGAGCGAGGAUGGGGUGUUUGA